AUGAAGUCUGCUUUGAUUAUCGCAUCCGUUCUUUUGGUCGGCGUGGCCCUCGAAGUCGCCGCCCGCAACGUCAACGACAACCAAAACGAGCGUGAAAACAACAACCAGUGGACCCGUUUGCAACAAGGAGACUCCAGCGAUGAGUCCGUCGAGUCGAACUUCAACGAAUAUCAAAACAACAACAAGUUCAACAACGUCCGAAGCAACUAUGACUCUGAAUCGACGUUUGCCGACCGUCAGAUCAACCAAAACGAAGAUGCCUACUUUGGUUCCAGCCAAGAGUUAGGUCUACAACAGCAACGCAAAAGCCAAAACCAAUUGAAUGCCGCCAGUCAUCCCGAAGGACUCGCCAAGAUUAUGGUCGAGAAAAUUGCCGCCAUUCAGAAAAUCGCCGUCGACUACAAUAUCGCCGAAAGCGCCGAUUCCUUGAACGCAGCUCUCCCCAUCAGCUCUCACUCCGUCAAAUUCGCAAAACACAAUUUCGUGUCGUUCAUGAACUCGACCAUGAAGAACCUUAAAGAUGGUGACUUGGAAUACAUGUACCUGAACCCAUCAAGGGACACCGUGUUCGCCCAAUACCAAUUCAACCAGGUCAAAACCGUCGGAUCGUUCAAGUCCAACAUCCCCCACGCUCAUUCAGGUCACUACACAGUCAUCAUGAACAACGUGCUCAGCAACUUGUCCACUGGAUUCAAUGACAACAAACACGCCGUGAUCAAGGCGGCCAAAUUCCAAAACGCUGACGUCAACAUAAUCACCCACGACGGUUCCGAAACGCAAGUGUUGAACCCGGCUAUAGAAGAUAAAUAUUUGGGCGUGUUGGCCAACACCGUGUCCAACGAAGUGAUGAAGUCAGCCAACAAAGGUGCACUCGUCCACAUUAAAAACGAAAUCCGCAAACCAAUCGUUUCCCAAAUGAACACUGCUAGAAAGAACACCAACAAGCUGUUCGACUUAAGAUGGCAGGAGGACCAAGUCACCAUGGAGAUGGCUAACAUCGGUUUCACGAACUCAGAAGUACUGGUACACUCCACUGAACAUUUAUUGAACUCUGUGAGUUUCCAACGGAAAUCCCAAGACUCCUACAGAUUGCGUUAUGACUUCUCCAUCAGAAACAUGGGAUGGACAUCACCCAUGAACAUCGUGUCGGCUAAUGUGAGGACGUCCACAGGUCCAAUCAAAUUCACUACCGAUGAAAUCAUCGUCAAAGUUUUCAUCGACAAGUCCGGCCGCGAUCAACAACAACAGUUGUACGGCAAGGCUUACACCAACGUAGAAGUACGAGGUCUCCAUUACGACUUGAAGAACGUCAAGUCCGACCUUGUGUCCUACUUCGAAAACGAUCUCCAACGUUUCAUGGAACAUUCUUUGGGAUCUUACCUUCAAGAUUCUUUGGUGCAAGAAUUAAGCAACUCUAGUCGCCAAUACUAA